CUUCUGAAGUUUCGGCGGCGGCGUAGGUAGCGGCGGUCUCAACCCCAGGCGAGCUCGGCUCCGGUCACCCGUCGAUCCACGCAACCAUGUCGAGGAGGAAGACCAGGGAGCCCAAGGAGGAGAACGUUACCCUUGGACCCACUGUCCGUGAAGGAGAGUUUGUCUUUGGUGUUGCUCACAUCUUUGCAUCCUUCAAUGACACCUUCAUUCAUGUCACUGAUUUGUCUGGGAGGGAAACUUUGGUUCGGAUCACUGGUGGCAUGAAGGUUAAGGCUGAUCGUGAUGAGUCGUCUCCUUAUGCUGCUAUGCUUGCUGCUCAAGAUGUUGCACAGCGUUGCAAGGAGCUCGGUAUCACCGCGCUGCACAUUAAGCUUCGUGCAACUGGAGGCAACAAGACCAAGACCCCUGGACCUGGUGCUCAGUCUGCUCUCAGGGCUCUUGCUCGUUCUGGGAUGAAAAUUGGACGCAUUGAGGAUGUUACCCCGGUUCCCACUGACAGCACUCGCAGAAAGGGUGGUAGGAGGGGAAGGAGGCUGUAGGCGUGUAUCCUUGCUAUUUGCCAUCACUUUGCACUGGCCUCUGGGUAGCGUUGCUGUUUAUUAGCUUGCCAAAAGGAGUUUUAAUUUUGCUCAUUUUGCUCUAUGUCGAGGAUCAUUUACUGUUAGCCGAAUCUAUGAUGUGCAUUGAUAAUGUUUUGGUUGAGGAAUUGACAAUUAUGCU